AGAGAAAGCUGGGAGUCUUGGGGAAAGUGGGAGAAAGUCUGGUGAAGAGAGGGAGAGAACGUCGUGUGAAGGGAGAAGACACAGGGAGGCAGUGGGAUAGAGGGAAUAGUGGAGAGUGGAAUAUAUAGAAGGGAGCAUGGUUUUUGAGGGACAUUUGGAUGGAGACAGGGUUAACUAGAUAUAGAUAAAUUGCCAUUUGUCCGAGAAGGUGAGCUGGUGUGGGGAGAGAAAAGGAGUGGCAGGGUAGAGCCAUAAAGGCCGGUUGUUAUUAUAGUGAGUGUGGUAGUGAACAGAAGGUAGAGAGGAGGCAUGUGUGGGGGGGAGAGGGUUAAAGAGAGAGGUGGAGAUGGGGGAAGGGGAUAGGUAGCAGGGCUGCUGGAUAUGGGGAAGAAGAAAAGCAGUUAACGGGCUAGGGAGUGAGAUAAGGGGAGUGAGAAAGGUCAAUAAAGAGAAGCAAUACAAAUAAAAGACAGGGGCAGACCGGGAGAAAUAAUGUAACAGAGCCAAAGGGAAGUGUGAGGGAGGGAGGGAGGCAGGCAGACAGAGUGUGAGGGAAUGGCCUGAGGGUAAAGCAAGGGCAUCCAAGUUGGAAGAAGUAAAGGGUGAGGGGGGCAGAUUAAUCGGGCUGUGUUUGAGUUAAAUACUAUGCAGCAGGUCGUAAGGAGGAAAGUGAUAGAUAGGGGUAUUGACGAAGGACUCAGGUGAAACUGAACCAGCAGAUGAGAAAAUAUGAACACACUGCAAAAGAGCAAACAGGAAUCAAGGCAGGGUGACAGCUAAAAAAUAACUGGAAAAAAGGAAACUGCAAGGAGAGAAAGUAGUUGCCUGAGAAGAUUCAGACAGUUUCAGGUUCUCGUAACAGUUUCAAAUGUUGAUUAGAGGUGUAAUUGUGAUUUUAGGGAUUUGGUCCCAUAUUGCAAUUUCAUCACCUCUAACUAAAGAGACAGCUGUUGAUGCUCCAUUUAUAAACCAAAAGAAAGUGUUUAAAGGUGUGUCAGAUCCAAAAAAAAUAACAAAGGAAUUCCCAGGAACUCGGUUGUUCCCUGAUCUUCAACCUUACCAAAAUGGAUUUCGGGCACAAACAGGCAUUAAAGGAAAUCCAAUCAGUUUAACAUCCACUUGCGCACCAGGAACUCCACUUUGGCUUGUAAUACUGCUGGUACUCAUCCUGCUUCUGCUUAUCGUGAAUGGUAUCUUGACAUUAUUCAUAUGCAAGAAGUGGCGUAGAUCUGUUUCAACAGCAACAAUAGCUACUGUCGUCUAGAAAAGUUUGAGAAUAAAGCAUGGCUCGGCAGAGGCUGAAGAAAGAAAGGUUGCUUGAUUCAAAAGUGGAUGGGAAAAAUGGAAAGAAUGCAGGAAUUCACAAGAAGGUGCCACCCAAAGAAAAGAAGAAGAAGUCCAAUUUGGGGAACUUUUUCAUCAACAUUGCAAUAGUCUUGUGUACUGUGAGCUGUGUCUGGUUUUGCUAUGCUAUUUACAUGAGAUCCUGGUUUGCGAACAGAAUCAUAACACCUCACCCUUCGUUAAGGAUAUUGAACAGCAACAGCUCCAGUCAUGCCUUGUCACCAGAAAAAUACUGGGGAUCGUACCGCCCGCAGGUGUACUUUGGGAUGAAAACACGGAGUCAGAAAUCAAUUGUAACAGGGUUGAUGUGGCUGCAGCAGUUCAAAGCAGAGGUGAACCUGCGCCAUACAUGUGAGCAGGGUGAUCGGCUGCCCAGCUAUGGAUGGCUCAUGCACGACGGCAUCAACUUUGGAGUGCAGGAAGUUACGGAGAACGAUUUCACUUUAACAACUGAGUUUGUGAAACGUCAUGGUGGGCGGCAUGGUGGAGACUGGACGUGGAGAAUCACUGCCAAGCCACAGAGCUCUGCUCCAGAGAACCCAGUGAUAUCCCUGUUGUUUUACGUUGCAACUGAUGGACAGGGAGACCUGCUGCCACACAUUGAGGAGAAGAAGAAGUUGGUCGCUGUGUCAGGCUCAUCAGAAGACUUGGGAACAUUUAAAAUCACUUUCCUGCCACCAACUGAUCUUAAAUCCAGAAACGGCAAAUAUGCCAGUUACAACCACCUCGAGGCUCCUUGCCCAAGUCUGGAGAUGGUGACAGACAUUGUGAAAAGUAGCUUGAAUGGCCGCUUUGUGUACAGUGCAGCUUCUGCACACAGGCGCUACUACAUUGGUGUGGACAGUUACAGACCGUCCCCAAAACAAGAUGAGGGCACCACACCAAACAACCUCCUGGUUCAUCAGGUGACUGUGCAGGUUCCCUUUCAGGUCGAAGUCCUGUUUGAAUCGGGAAGUUUCACACAACGACCAAAUCAUUUUUCUGGUGAGGUUUUGACAAAUGAGCUGGAAAGGUGGAAGCAGUCAUUUGAUGAGAGAUUUGACAACAUUUUCCAUUUGUCAAAUAAGGGCUUUCCUCCACCACAGAUUAAAUUUGCUAAGGCAAUUUUCAGUAAUACCAUUGGAGGAAUGGGAUAUUUUUAUGGUCAGUCAUAUGUUCAGUCCAAAUACAAUGAGUACCCACUGCCGUACAUGGAGGGCCCACUCUACACUGCAGUUCCAUCCCGUUCAUUUUUCCCCCGAGGAUUUCUCUGGGAUGAAGGAUUCCAUCAACUCCUGAUUAGUAAAUGGGAUCCUUCCAUUAGUAAGGAAGUGAUCGGUCACUGGUUAGAUUUGAUGAAUGUGGAAGGUUGGAUCCCUAGAGAGCAGAUUCUGGACAAUGAAGCACGCAGUAAAGUGCCAGCAGAGUUCAUUGUACAGAGGAAUAAAAAUGCCAAUCCUCCUACACUCUUCCUGACACUACAGACACUAAUAGAAGAUUUACAUGGGCAGUUGACUGAAGAUGACAAGUCCUACCUGAAGAAGCUCUUUCCGCGUUUGAAGACUUGGUAUGAUUGGUAUAAUUCGACCCAGGCUGGACCCCUGCCAUCAACUUAUCGUUGGCGAGGCCGCGACACUGACACCAACCUGUUCCUCAAUCCAAAAACUCUCACCUCUGGACUCGAUGAUUACCCCCGAGCAUCUCACCCUUCUGAGGAUGAACGUCACGUGGACCUUCGCUGCUGGAUGACGUUGGCAUCCAAGGUCAUGACAGAUAUCGCAAAAAUCCUUGGGUUACCACAUCAAGACUAUCAGACGAUGUAUGAAACGCUAAGUGACAACUCUCUGCUUGGAGAACUGCACUGGUCUGAAGAUCAGAAAGCAUUCAGCGAUUAUGGGAAUCACUCUCAGUCCAUCUUUCUGGAGCGAGAGAAGAUCUAUGUUCCCCCGGGACAGCCUCGCCAGCAUGGUCAAGCAGCCAGGCUUGUCCGCUCGGUUCGCAAACAGCCAAAGCUUCAGUAUGUCAACGCAUUCGGCUAUGUGAGUCUAUUCCCAUUCAUACUUCAAAUCCUCAAACCUGAUUCUCCAAAACUUGAAUAUAUCUUAAAGGAUAUGAAGGAUGAUGAAAAGCUCUGGACCCCUUAUGGCCUCCGCUCUCUCUCAAAAUCUAGCCCUCUCUACUUGAAACGCAACACUGAAUAUGAUCCGCCUUACUGGCGGGGACCCAUUUGGAUUAAUUUGAACUACCUUGUAGUUCGAGCACUAUAUUACUAUUCCACCCAAACUGGACCAUAUCAAGAAAUGGCAGCAACACUGUACCAGGAGCUGAGGACUAACCUCAUAGCCAAUAUGUAUAAGCAGUAUGUACAAACUGGUUAUUUGUGGGAGCAGUAUAAUGAUAGCACUGGCAGAGGGCAGGGUAGUCACCCCUUUACUGGUUGGUCUUCCCUUAUUGUUUUGAUAAUGGCUGAGCAAUAUUAACGUUUGUGCAGCUGUCAUCCUGUAUAAAGGUUAAAUACUGUGUCAAGGGAUUCAAUGUGAUUAAAUAUUUCAUUAUUUCAAUAAUUGAUAGUUCUGGUUAAACCCUAAGUAUUAAUCAGAGACAAACUCGACCUACAAAUUUUACAUGGGCAUAAAGUAAGCGCAACGCGGACAAAGUUAGCAUUACAAUAGCCAACCAGUGUGUGGAGAGACUGCUAAAUAUUCCACCACUGUGAAACCAUCAGUUCUGAUAAACAAACAUGAAUAAGGAAUCUUAUGUAUGUUUAGUAUCCCAUGGAGGAGCAGUAUUCAACAAAGAGGCAGGCAGCAGGUACGUACAGUCCAUGCAGGUAUCACUGGACACUAGCCAGUUUUUAACGUUAUUCCCUGUGACAUGGUCUUCUGUUGACCCAAGACUUGGCCCACUACUCCCUCCCUCCAGCAAGGCCCUCCCAGAUUCUAUUUUCAAAUAGAAAAUCCCAAUUUUAACUUCCAUCGGAAGAUGGACAUUUUAUAAUUAAUGGCUUUCUUAUCAAAAUUCUAGUCUGUAAAAUUGAAAAUUGCCGAGUUCCAGUAUAUUCAACUAAAAAGGGUGCCGCAGGCUGUUGACACAUUCAGCAGCCGAGUGUUGGGUUUAACGGGCUCUGCUCAUUCUCCCACCGAUAGCAGACUAAUGUUUCUGUAUCUCAUUGCACUAGAACCUGAAAGGCAAGGCCAAUAUGUAUGACAAUAACUGGUUUUAGAGGAGACUUUGGAAUUGAUCUUGUUUAAUUAAACCCUUUCAGUGCCUCAUGGACCCAUUGCUGGUUUUCACAUUUUGUAAAUAAAUAAACUGACAUGUUAAGUAGAAGAAAUUGAUUUAUAACAACUUCAAAACUAACGGUCAGAAAUAAAAGAUAUUUAUCCCUCUGUAGGAUCCACUGUGCAUUAAACAAUGUUGGGAACCACAAUAACCUCAAAGCCUCCCUUUUAUAUAACACAGGACCACUCUGACAAUGCCACAAUGUUCGUGUGGCUUUGGGGUGAUUCUUCAUGUCACCUCAGCAUGUUCAGCCUUUUAUAGCAGAGUGUGCCACAGAAGCAAGUUAUUUGGCCAUCCUGCUCUGUGCAUGUUUUGUACUUCAUUCAAGUUAUUCCCAUUCACCUGUUUCUUCCACACUUGGAACUUGUUCUACUUUGACUCUGAAGACAUUGAAUCCAUUUUUGCUGGUCUGACAAAUGUGGCUAUUUUGUUGCUAAACUAAGGGUGGUGUGAGGAGAGAAAUCUUCUCAUGCAACAGGUAGCCAUGAUCUGCAGUUCAUCACUGAAACCGCAGUGGCGGUAGGCCAAUGACUGCCUUCACAGGGCAGUUAGGUGCAGGGCAAUGGCAAGCAGGCAGCACGUUUCUUGUGACAGGCCGUGUGUGCACCUGGAUCAUUACAUCUGCCUUGGGGCUUUUCAACCUGUUGAGUAAAGGCUCCAUGUUCCAUUUUGAUGCACAGGAGAAGUUUAAAUCACCAGUAUGUCCGCUCGCUCGUGCAUAUUGUUUGCUCCUCCACAGUUUCCAGUCGUUUGCUUUUGUUAAAACAGUGGGAUUACUUCCACCUGGAUUUCAAUGUGAUCCAGUAGAGAGGUGUGAAACUGCUGCAGUCUCCACUGCAGGGUGAAUUGUUUGUACACAGCACUAGUGCAUGCACGUUCUUCUCAUCAACUGUAAGCUUUCACUCAAAUACAACACUAUCCCUGACCCUUUCUUAUCCUCUGUGCUCUGCUGUCUGUCUGUUUAAAUGGCCACGGCUUUUGUGCUGUUUGCUGCCGUUUCCUAUCCUUUUUGAAUGAAGGCCCCACAUCCACCCACUCCCACAAACACAAACUGCUGAGGCUACUUCAUAUAAAACUUUGAAUUCCAUCCAGGGCCUGCCUGCCUGCCUGCCUGCCUGCAUGAUGAGUAUAUUUUUUAUUUCUUUGGACUUCACUUGUGAAUUUUCUAAUAAACUUCUUAUUAAUGCCUUUGUAAUCUUAAAUGAACUGCAGGUUGGGGACCUCUACUUGAGGGUUGUAAGCUUAAAUACACUCUGUAGCCAUUAGUAUUUCAUUAAUCUUAAUAACAUGAUUUUGCCUGCAGUUAACUCAUAGUUUCCUCAUAGUCCUGAGAUCUGUGUUUAAACAGGAUCUUCAGUGCUGUUUCUGAGGUGUUUGCAUGUUUUUCUCAGUGACAUUGUGGGUUUCCCCUGGGUGCUCCAGUUUGCUCCAACGUCACACUGAAGUGUUAGAAGAUGAAUGGAGCUGUAAAUUUGAUCCCAGUGUAGGUGGACGUGAGGAGGAUUACAUGGAUGAAUGGGUAUAUGUGGGAGGUACGGGGUGGGGGGUUACAGGGAAAUCUGGUGGAAUGAGAAUGCCCUGAGAGCCAGCACAGACUUGACAGCCAAAUGGUCUAUAUGGUAAGUAUGAAAGAACAAAAUAAGUUGCUGCUUACUGAUAUAUUCCCGCUCCCAUGCAAAAUAAUAGGGCUCAGAUUUCUUGCCUUUAUGCUGUUUCCAAGAAAGCAGCACACGUAUGUGUACAUUUUUAGAUACACAUUAGGGCUCGGAUGUUGUCGUUUCCAAAAGACCUUGCCAAGUAUUUCCUGUACUUAGAAGUUGUUUAUUGCGUCAGAAUGAUUAGAAUCUGCACACUGUACUGUGUAACUGUUGAAGGGUUUAUAUGUAUUGCAUUGUUUUGAGCUGAACUGCGGUUUGAGCAUUGAUGAGGCUGCGAUCUCUACUUGCAUUUUCAGCUGCAACUUGUUUUGAGCAGUGACCUGGAAAACCUGAAAUUAAUUAACAGCCCACACAAAGGAUCCAAUGUAAAGCUCGUAAACUCAUCCAAAGAGUGCUUUAGCUUAACCUUUUCCACCAAUUUUAGAUGAAUCUGGGUAAAUAUACUUCAUGUGGAUAUUUACUUAACAAAUCUUGCACCAUAUUGUAACUAAGGAAAUAAUGCUCUCAUAACAAUGAAUAAAAUCUUUCCUU